AUGAAUAAUGAGGAUCCUGGAAUUUCAGGAAAUCAAUAUAGAGGUACAGUGAUUGUUGGGUUUAGUGACAGAAUACCUUCUGAUAAAGAUAAUAAAGACAAUAUAUGUUUACAGACCGGUGAAGAAUUUUCUGCCGAGUUCUUACGCGACCGGGUCGGUUUAAGAAGGUUUCUUGUCAUAACUGAUGCAGAGCAGCACAUGCCAAACAGAAUGGACUUCAAUGUUAAUAAUAGUAAACCGGUCUACGAGGAUCAAAAACACGUCGUUGGGCUAGGGAGAAUGGAUUCUGAUAGCAAUUUGGAUUUGUUAGAUAUUGCUUUUGCUAGAGGCUAUGUUGCUGAAGUUGACAACAGGGCAUGUCAUAAUAAUUUGAGCAGAUACCAGUGUGAACAUGGUGGUAUCAGACAAGCAUCGAGUGCAUUUUCUAGACAAUUAUCAAUUAGAUUUUCUGACGGAUGCGAUCAAGUUGCCUCGGCAUCAAAUACUCCUCGUCCAUGCCAACCUUAUGGAACAGUAGUCUCAGAAGGUUCCUUCUACCAAAAGAUAAAGUUUUUAUGUAGUUUUGGAGGUCGAAUACUACCAAGGCCAAAUGAUGGGAAGCUCAGAUAUGCAGGGGGAGAGACGCGGAUUAUAUCGAUUAGGAAAAACAUCACACAUGAGGAACUUACAAGGAAGACUUCUGAUAUUUGCAAUCAAACUCACAUUAUCAAAUACCAGCUUCCUGGAGAGGAUCUUGAUGCUCUUAUUUCUGUUUGUUCUGAUGAGGAUCUUCAUCAUAUGAUUGAGGAGUAUGAGGAGCUUGAAAGAGGCGGAGGCUCGCAACGACUGAGGAUUUUUCUCAUAGCUUCAAAUGAAUCUGAGAGUCCAAGUUCUAAUGAACCAAGAGUCAAUCAGCAAAGUGAUGCUGAUUAUCAUUAUGUUGUUGCUGUUAAUGGUAUACUAGAUCCAUGUCCGCGAAAGAAUCUUAGUGGACUGAAUCUGGCAGGCCAUGCUAGCCAGUUUACAACUGCCUCUGAUUACAACAGUCCACAUUUCCAUAGGGAAUCAUCCACAUAUGCAUUUGCUUCAGAUUUUAUUGAUUGCAGCCCAACCUCUUCAAAUUUGGCAGGAACAAUGUCAAAACAAAGUCUAUUUGUAACAUCAAUGAAGGUAGCGGGCAAGUCGUUUGAUCAAAUGCCUCCAUCUCCCAUUUGUGCACAGCCUAAAGAUCCAAAUAUUUCUAAUGUCCAGUUAUUUACGGAUCAACCAUAUAAUGUUGUUAAUGAAAACAUUAUUCCCUAUGUCAUGGAAAAAAUUCCACGCGACAACUCUUUGUAUGUAGACAGUACCAGUUAUGUUGAUCCCAUUGCAUAUUAUAACAAUCAUCCCCAAGGGCCUCCAUGUAUGAACCACCAUCCUAGUAAAACAAAUCCCAUAAUGAAACUUGCACGCCAGACAAGCUCUGCACAAGCUGUACCAGCCUGCUACAGACCAACCCUGCUACAAAUCCACAAACAACUGCUGCAACAAAACAAAAAACACAACAACCUGCUUUAA